ACACCUGCCACCGCGCAGACUUUCAACGGCGUGGAGCUUACGUGACGAGAACACGAACACGUCUUCCGUUUUGUAUUCAAAGUGGCAAACGCUGGAGAUACUGUCACGCAACCCGCAAAACACAUCUCGACUUUUGUCGCCUUUAUCUCCUCGACUGUCUAGAUAAGAGCUCAGAAGUAUCCCGAGGAAUUACGUGAACGAACUGCAACUUUUAUCGCCGUUUUUUUUUUUGGACUGACCGACACGCCCCAAAAGUGAGAAAUUCAAAAGGCUAGAGCUAUAAAAGCUCUUAUGUUUUUAUGAGAGGGGUUUGGACGGAUUUCAGAAAUUCAGCAAGGCACGAGCUGCGCUCACAGAGACGGUAAGGAAUGUAACGAUAACAUCUCACCUGCGCCUCGAGACACCGAAAACACGGAGCAGCAGACCGACUACAACAUAAGACCAGCGAAUCAGGUUGCCUGUGAAUGGGUCUAGCUAUGAGAGUAAUGGAAACGAGACUCCUCCUGUUGCUGUUGGCUUUGUUUGCGUUUGAAGUGGCCUGCACACAUCGCUCCGCUCCCAGAGUACACCUGGCUUUUAAAGAACUUAUGGACACCCGAACAGCAAGGCCAUUCAGCUUCUCCUUCAACACUAGCGACUACCGGAUCUUGCACGUUGACCCAGACCAGGGGCGCUUGUACCUGGGCAGCCGCGAAUAUCUGGUCUCUCUGGACAUGCAAAACAUCAACAAAGAGCCUCUCAUUAUCCACUGGCCGGCCCCAGCUCAGAGAAAGGGAGAGUGUCAGAUGACUGGGAAAGGCAGGCAUGGAGAGUGUGCUAACUUUGUGCGUCUGAUCGAGCCGUGGAACAGGACUCACCUGUACACCUGUGGUACAGGAGCUUAUAAGCCCAUCUGCACCUUCAUCAACAGAGGCUGGAGAGCUGAGGACUAUCUCUUCAGACUGGUUCCUGGAUAUGUGGACUCUGGAAAGGGAAAAUGCUCUUACGAUCCAAACCAGGAGAACGUUGCAGCCCUGAUUAAUGGAAACCUGUACGCUGGAGUGCCGGUGGACUUCAUGAGCACCGAUCCAGGCAUCUUCAGGACCAUGGGCAGCCGGCCAGCCGUGAGAUCAGAGCAGUAUGACUCUAGGUGGCUGAAUGAACCUGUAUUUGUUCACAUGAAACAGAUUCCUGACAGCGCCGAGAAGAAUGAUGACAAGCUCUAUUUCUUCUUCCGCGAGAAGAGUCUGGACUCAGGGGCAGGAGCGAGUCCAAGUGUGCUGGCCAGGGUGGGCCGCGUGUGUCUGAAUGAUGAGGGCGGACAGAAGUCACUUGUGAACAAAUGGACGACUUUUCUGAAAGCCAGGCUGGUGUGCUCUGUGAUGGGCGAUGAUGGGGUGGAAACCUUCUUUGAUGAACUGAGGGACGUGUUUAUCCAGCCCACCCAGGAUGAACGAAACCCUGUGGUGUAUGGCGUCUUCUCAACUUCAGGCUCUGUGUUUAAAGGCUCAGCCGUGUGUGUCUACUCAAUGCCUGACAUCCGAAAUGUCUUUAAUGGCCCUUUCGCCCAUAAACACGGACACAACUAUCAGUGGACUACAUACACAGGGAAGAUUCCCUAUCCUCGGCCGGGAACAUGUCCUGGAGGCACAUUCACCCCAGGAAUUAAGACGACAAAAGAGUUCUCAGAUGAAGCGGUUAACUUCGUCCGUGCUCAUCCUCUCAUGUACCACCCCGUGUAUCCUAUUCACAAGCGCCCUCUGGUGGUGCGCUCUGGUGUAGACUAUCGCUUCACUACUAUUGCAGUGGAUCAAGUGGAUGCUGUGGAUGGCCGAUACUCGGUUCUCUUCCUGGGAACAGACCGUGGUACAGUCCAAAAAGUUAUAGUUCUUCCCAAGGAUCCCACAACACUGGAAGAGCUCACUUUAGAGGAAGUGGAAGUUUUCAGGACACCUGCUCCUGUCAAAACAAUGUACAUAUCAGCAAAAAGGCAACAACUGUAUGCAUCUUCAGAAGCAGGUCUUACCCAGAUGUCCUUGCACCGUUGUGGAGUCUAUGGAAAGGCCUGUUCAGACUGCUGUCUGGCCAGAGACCCCUACUGCGCCUGGGAUGGAGAUAACUGCUCUGCCUUUACACAAGCCACCAAAAGGAGGAGCAGAAGGCAGGAUGUUAAACAUGGUGACCCUUUGCGUCAGUGCCGGGGCUACAAUGCUAAAGUGGAGAGGAGACUGCAGGAGAAGGUUCAGUUCGGUGUAGAGGGUAGCAGCACAUUUUUGGAGUGUGUACCACGCUCUCCUCAGGCCACUAUUAAAUGGCUUUACCAGAAGGAGGGAAGACGAAAAGUGCUGAAUCGAGAGGGAGAGGUUCUUAAGACUCCUCAGGGGGUUCUUCUGAAAACGCUCACCAAAGCAGAUUCAGGCCUCUACCAUUGCCUGGCCACAGAAAAUAACUUCAAACACACGCUGGCUCGUGUUUUCUUGCGCAUCCUGGACCGGGACAUCGCUGUAGCCCUCACCACCCCCGAUGAGGAGGAAGAGGCAUCGAGGAGCCAUCACAGAAACCAUCAACAGGACCCUGCAGCUCUGACCCCAGGGCUCCUGCUGGAGCCUGAAAUGCGUCUGAUUCAGCAGUACUGCCAGUCCUACUGGGAGCAGCUGACGGCUGGCGGGAACACACAGGCUGAGCUGCCCAAACGUGCAAAUCGUAGGCACACAGAAGCACUGAAGGCUAGUGGGGAGUGAGGGGCACAAGAUAAGAGUUACCCGCCUGUCGCCUCACUCCGAGCGGUUUGUGGACUUGCAUAGGUUAGUUCUUGAGCAGUGGCACCAAAAAGUAUUUGGACAAUUUUGUAUCAUUUGGACAUUUUUAUACUGUUCAAAAUGCACUUAAAAUGAGACCUAAAAUAAAAUGUAUUUAUUUAACUACCUGCAUGAGAUUCCGUUCUUGAACGGUUAUUUUGGACACUUUUGGACAGUUAAAAACUGUUUAAUUAUCCUAUUUGUUUGAACACUUAAAAAUAAAUGCAUUUUUACAGUUUACUGAAUUAAUACAUUUAUGACCAGUGGCUCCAAAUAGUUGGAAAUAUUUUUUUUAAUUGAUCAAUAAUUUGAAUUUGCACACGUGACGUGUUAAUAUUUUGCUAUCGGAUUUAAGAACGAUUACCCUAAAAUUAAAAUGUCCAAGUCCUUUUUGGGAUCACUGUAUGUAAUCAUACAUUCGUUGUUCAUUCACUGAACCAUUCGUGUGUUGUACUGGGAUUGUAGCCGAUGUUGAUUUAGGACUUAACGUUUCCAUCCGCCACAGUGAUUCGACUGCAUUUCAGUAUUAUAAACAGGUGUAAUCUUUUACUAACCUCACAAAAUUAAUCUGUAAAUGACCUUCAGGAUUCAGUAAUUACAUACUGACAAUAAUCAACAUUAAAAAAGCAACCAAUAAACCAUAAAGCACUUUUUUAGAGAGGAUCUCACCUCAUACGCUUUAAAAAGGCUUCCACUAUCUUGUCAUCAGAAAGCCCCUUUGUUAAAUCAACAGUCAUUGGGCUAGUGCAAUUUCUAAUGUUCCACCUGGAUUAUGAAAUUGUCAAAGUAAUUUAUGUAUGUAUGUGUAAUAGUAAUAUAUGUAUGGAUUCUAAUAACUAGGUUAAUAACGGCACCAAACAUUUGCAAGAACUCACUUGCCUUCAUGUCUGUGGGACUGUGGCUGUUUCUCACCAUUUGUAAUAUAUAUUUAUUUGAAGUUGUAUAUUUUUUUAUGGGAUGGUCUUUGAGGAUACCGAAUAAGGGUGGAGGGCAUUUUUUGCAUGAUUGAGAAAUUAGAUAUGUUGUCAUAUUUAUUUAAAUGCAUUCAAAAUGACUGACACUGUUUAGGAAAUAGCACUUUUAUGCUGUGCAUUUCGUGCUUUGUGUCUGGUUGAGCAAUCACUAUUCAAGUGAAUACAAACGUCAUAUUCACUGUUCACUCAGAUGAUAUCUAACACUGGAAAUAUUUCACAACAUUUGUGUCCUUUUUAUUUAAACGGUAGAAUAGUCUGGUUGUAAAUUACAUUACUCUGUCUUGCUCUUAGAUGUUGUCUUGUACGGAAAAAAAUAAAUCAACGAGGAAUCAUUUGUGAUUCACUUUUCAAUUCA